AUGUCAAAUAAACGGUCAUUGAAGUGCUUAAAUGUUGGUGACAAAUUAAAAAUUAUAAAAGAAGUUGAAAAAGGUGUGAAAAGAAAAAAAGAUAUUGCGGCAGAUUUCAACAUUCCUGCUAACACGUUGUCAUCAAUUUUGAAAAAUAAAGAUAAAAUUGUAAAAAAUAUUGAAGAUUCUUCGUGUUCACCUCAAAGAAAGAAAUUGAAAGUUUCAAAUUUUCCUCAGAUUGAAGAUGCAAUGUUAAAGUGGAUACAUAAAGCAAGAGAUCAUAACCUUCCUGUGUCAGGGCCCCUGAUUCAAGAAAAAGCAAAAGAGUUUGCUCAAGAACUUGGACUUGAAUUUCACGGUAGUUCAGGUUGGUUACAUAAGUUUAAAAUGCGAAAUGGAAUUAUUUCAAAAAUAAUAUCAGGAGAAAGUGCUGCAGUAUCGGAGACCGAUUGUAACGAUUACGUGACCAACAUUUUACCAGGGUUAAUUCAAAAUUAUAGCGAGCAAGAUAUUUUUAACUUUGACGAACUCGGUCUUUUUUUUAAAUGUUUACCAGACAGAACUUUAACGUUUAAAGGUAAGCCAUGCCAUGGUGGAAAAAAAUCUAAAGAAAGAAUCACAGUUUUAUUAGGUGCUAAUAUGGCUGGCACAGAAAAAAGUAAACUUUUAGUCAUUGGUAAAUAUCAAAAACCUAGAUGUUUUAAAAACGUGAAAUCAUUACCUGUGCAAUAUGAGUUUAAUAAAAAAGCAUGGAUGACCUCUCAAAUUUAUGAAGCUUUCUUACAUAAAAUGGAUAAAAAAUUUCUGCAACCAAUGGAUCAGGGUGUAAUUAAAAAUUUAAAGCAUCAUUACCGUAAAAAAAUAAUGCAAAGACAUUUACGUAAACUUGAAUUAAAUGAAGCCAUCACAGACGUAAAUUUAUUAGAUUGUAUACAUAUGCUCUACAGUUCUUGGGAAGCUGUUUCUACGUCUACGAUUUCCAACUGUUUUCGUAAAGCAGGAUUCAGAAAACCAGAAUUUAAUAAAGAAGGAGACGUAGUAGAAGAAGUAUUUGAAGACAUUCCCGAAGAAUGGCUUGAAUAUCAAAGAAAACACUCCGAUAUCAAUAUUUCAUACCAAGAAUUUUUGGAUAUUGAUUCUACUUUGAGCACAUCAGAAAGUUUAACCGAUGCGGAAAUUUUUAAAACAUCUGAUAUUCUCAAUGAGCCAGAGACAGAUUCUGCCGAUGAAGCAAUCGACGAGGAAGAAAUUGCUGUUGUUAAACCUUUCAUACGUGGUGCCCAAGCUGAAAACUAUGUACAUGAACUUCGAAGAUACGUCCAAAAACAGUCAGGAGUUUCUGACAAAAUUUUUUCUGCACUUAAUAUUUUAGACAAAAAAACUAUAGACUUAUCAUGGUAA